CGCUCCAUCAAAAUUAUACACUUCAGAACCGUGGAAAUAUAUACCCAUGGUUGCUAACUAGGGUUUCUGAUUUUUUAGGGUUUGUGUCAUUGUCUUCUUACUCCCCCUUCAAGAUGGUGAAAGGCCGGCAAGGAGAGCGCGUCCGAUUGUACGUCCGCGGGACGAUCCUUGGCUACAAAAGGUCCAAGUCCAAUCAGUAUCCAAACACAUCAUUGAUCCAAAUCGAGGGGGUUAAUACGAAGGAGGAGGUUGGUUGGUACUGUGGUAAGAGAAUGGCCUAUAUUUAUAAAGCCAAGGUGAAGAAGGAUGGUUCCCAUUACCGAUGCAUAUGGGGAAAGGUGACAAGGCCCCAUGGAAAUAGCGGAAUUGUCAGGGCACAAUUCAAGUCUAAUUUGCCACCCAAAUCAAUGGGGAGUAAGGUGAGGGUUUUCAUGUACCCCAGCAAUAUAUGAGGUAAUGCUGUGAUCUUUUGGCAUGGCUGUGUUGUCGGAUUUUUUUUUUUAAAUAUUAGAGUUUAGUUAAAUUGAGAGGAGUUGUUGCGAACUUGUAAUGCUUGGUCACUUACCCAUGAGGAGGCGAAAGUUGGAAAACAUUUUGGAUUUUGAUUUUGAUUUUGAGUAUUGUUUUUUGCUUUGAU